UCCAAGUACGCCGUCACUCCCGCACUCCCGGCGUGCCAUGGCACUGGCGCAGCAGCUCUCGCGCGCUCUCCGCCCGCGCUCCGUCCCCUCUCCCUCUCCCUCCGCCGCAGCCACCGCACUCCUCACCUCGGCGUCGCCUCUCCCGUCGCGCCAUUUCCUCCAGCUCCACGCGCACCUGCUCCGCACCGGGGUUCUCCUCCUCGACCACACCGCAGCCUCCGCCUUCCUUUCCCUCGCAGCAGCCUCCCUCCCCUCCCUUCGCGCGCUCGCCGUCCUCCACCACCAUCUCACCCCGGCGUCCGUCCCUUCCACCUUCUGCUGCAACUCCAUCCUCCGCUCCCUCCCAGAGUCCGACGCCCUCACCUUCCUCCGCCGCAUGCGCGCCCUCGGCCGCCGCGGGAACGCCUUCUCCCUAGCUAUCCUCCUCAAACCCUCCUGCACUCUACCGCACGCGCGCCAGCUGCACGCCAACGCGGUGGCCGAGGGGCACCUCGGGGACGCCCUUCUCGCCACCUCCCUCAUGCGGUCCUACGCUACCUGCGGUGCCGGGGAGAGCGCGCGUCAGGUGUUCGAUGAAAUGCCGAUCAAGGACACGGUCGCAUGGAACGUUCUCAUCACCUGCUACGCGAGGAACAAGAGGACAAAAGAUACACUGAAGCUGUUCGACGAGAUGAGGAGAAGCGAGAGCGAGGCGGAGCCAGAUGACGUCACCUGCAUCCUGCUCCUCCAGGCAUGCACGAGCCUGGGCGCGCUCGAUUUCGGGGAGCAGGUCUGGGAGUACGCGACGGAGCGUGGUUAUGGGGGCGAGCUGAAGGUGCGCAACUCGCUGAUCACCAUGUACACGAGGUGCGGGUGUGUCGAGAAGGCGUACGAGGUAUUCUGCGGAACCCCUCGGAAAACUGUGGUCACAUGGAGUGCUAUGAUCUCAGGACUGGCAGCAAAUGGCUUCGGGGAAGAGGCUAUAUCCGCGUUUGAGGAGAUGAGUAAAUCAGGUGUCGCUCCGGACGCGCAGACUUUUACUGGCGUGCUCUCUGCGUGUAGCCAUAGUGGGUUGGUUGAUGAGGGUUUCAGGUUUUUUGACAUGAUGCGCUAUGAGUAUCAGAUGUUGCCAAAUGUUCGACACUAUGGGUGCGUCGUUGACCUAAUGGGCCGUGCUGGCUUGCUUGAUGAGGCAUACACGCUUGUGGUGAAAGAGAUAAGGGUUGCGCCAGAUGCAACGAUUUGGCGAACUCUUCUUGGUGCAUGCCGAAUUCAUGGUCAUGUUGACCUUGGAGAGAAAGUCAUCACUCAUUUAAUUGAACUGAAAGCACAGCAAGCUGGGGAUUAUGUUCUACUGCUGAAUACCUAUGCAACCGUUGGGGAUUGGACAAAGGUAGCAGAUGUCAGGAAGUUGAUGAAGGAGAAUGGGAUCCAAACUACUCCUGGCUGCACAACAGUAGAGCUUAACGGUGAGCUCCAUGAGUUUGUUGCAGAUGAUGAUUCACAUCCAAGAAAGGCAGAGAUUUACAGAAAGCUCGAUGAGAUAAACACACAUUUAAGAAUAGCUGGUUAUGUUCCAAAUGUGUCAUCUGAGCUGCAUGAUUUGGAUUCAGAGGGGAAGGGAUGUGCCCUCACCUAUCACAGUGAAAAGCUGGCAAUCGCUUUUGCUCUUCUUGUCAUGCCACAACGUAGACCAAUAAGACUGGCAAAGAACCUUCGUGUUUGUGUAGACUGCCACAAUUUCACCAAGGUAUUUUCUAGUGUUUAUAAUCGACUAGUGAUUGUAAGAGACAGAACUCGAUUCCAUCAUUUCCAGGGAGGGAAGUGUUCAUGCAAUGAUUAUUGGUAGACUAUCAUUGCUUCUCUGUUGCAUUUGGAUGUCAGCAACCUCUAAAACUGAAACUGACAAUCUUGAUACCGAAUACACUUGAUGACAUACAGUGUGAUGCCAAAAAGUUUUCAGAUGUGAUUUGACAAUUCACAGGCAUUCUGCUAUCAAGGGCAUACAGACCUGAUUCCAGCGGGGAAAAAUGACUAUGUGAGAUAAGUUCAUCUAUGUUGAAUGCAGCCACAUCUGGUCAUCUGUAUGCAGGGUCUUCAGUAAUCAUAUCCUCCAUGCCAGCAGUUCAAGGACCAUUGAAAUUAUAUGUAUCUGAACGGUAUAUUGGUGAAAUGCAAGGUGCACAAUUACAGCCAUCUAAAAAAUUUGGGGCAUGGUUUACUGAUCCCUCAUAAUUUCAACAACACCACAACCACAAGUAUGCUCCUGCAUUUUCCUCGAGGGCAAACUGGAACGUGAAUAUUUUGCUUUCAUUGGGAAGUCAUCCAAGAGCUAGCACCACACCGAUGGUUGGCUAGCCAGCCUGGGUUCAAAACCCAUAAUUGUGUCUCUAUUACCUCCUAGGUAUCCAUCAUAUGGAUUUUUUUUUUGUUGCGAAAGAUCAUAUAUUUGGCUUUGAUUGACCAUAUUAUUCAUCUAGCAUUAUAUGUUCAGAACUGAUUAAAUUUACUGUUUCCAAUGUUGCUUUCAGUUCUCCAGUGUACACAUGACAAAUGGUAAGUGUAGUGUAUCUGCUCAAAAUCCUAACAUAGUAAAUUAUAUGUUAUGCUUCUGAUUCGAAUCUUGUAAGUUGUAACACAGAUGUAUUUAGUGAAAUUAUUAGAUUAGAAUUGGUAUCUCUGAAAUCAGAUACUCUUUUGCCCUUGUAUGACAUUCUAUUAGUUUGCCAAAACAUCUUAUAUUAGGGAACAGAGGAAGUACUCCUUAGGGGAAUCAAUUCAUCACCUCUACAUUUGCUUCCUGAGCAAGUGAAUUUAUUAUGUGCAGAGGUUGGCUUGUAAGCAUUUAUCUAUUUAUCCUACGUAUGUGGUUAGUUUUGAAAUUUCUACAUAUUUCCCUAGAUUGACUAACCAUUAGUAACGCAGCAACUUGUACCUUCUCUUGUUUAUGCUCCUGUAUUUCCUUGUGAAUCAAAGAGGCCUGAUUAUUUGUUGGCAUAACGGAAACAUAAUGAAAAUUCUACUAUCUUCUUUGUUCAUACUAGGUCAUCUUGUCCUUGGCUGAACAGGAUUUCCUAUGAUGAGCUGACUUUCGGUAGCAGCAGCUCGCAGAACCCGUUCAUUGAUGUGAUGCCCGAUCACUUCGCAAUCAGAUAGCAGGAGGCAUCUACGAUCUGUACUGGAAUAUCCCUUAUAGGUUCCUCUGAUGUGUCACGAACUUCUACCCACCAGUGACCAGUCCUUCCUCGAUUCAAACAUGUAUCCUUUGUUUAUGUUAAUCAAAAGGAAAAAAAAAUCGCCCCUGAUGUUCUUCAGCACGUCAAUAAUUUCAGUUGAGCUGUAUCGUAUCUUGAUCAAGCUGAUUUAAUGCAAUUUUUCUGGCUAA